AGUGAAGUUGGGACUGUUUGAAACGCUGUUGCUGUUGUUGGCUUUAAUAAAACACAUCAGGAGAGUUUUUGGAUCGACUCGUUGUUGCCGUAUUUUCAGGACCGACACCAGGAACUUUGUGUUUCUCAGCCAGAAUAAAGGAACCAUGUUUCGAUAUUGGAUUACCUCAUUCUCGAUAUUAUUCACAACCUGUCAGCUAACAAUGGCAAACUUUUCUAAUAACGAAACACAGGAGAAAUCCAAGAAUAGCUCUCAUGAAAAUGACUUCUCACGUAACAAGAUCAUGAUGGCCCAGUUUGAGUGCUACCAAAAGAUUACAAAGGACACCAACCAUAAUCAAAUAGAUGGGCUGAUGUGUAACCGUACAUGGGAUGGCUGGAUGUGCUGGGACGAUGUUGAGGUUGGACUCACUGCAACUCAACACUGUCCUGAUUACUACCAUGACUUUGACACCUCAGAGGUUGCAUCAAAAAUCUGUACUGACUCUGGCCACUGGUUUGUCCACCCUGAAAGCAACAGAACCUGGACUAAUUAUACAAGGUGUAAACAAGCAACUAACGAACGCAGACUAACAACAGUUAACCUCUACUAUCUGGACCUGAUUGGUCAUGGAUUGUCAUUGAUAUCUUUACUUGCUUCUCUGGCAAUAUUUUUUCAUUUUAAGAGUUUAAGUUGCCAGAGGAUCACACUUCAUAAAAACCUCUUCUUUUCCUUUGUCCUAAAUUCUAUUAUAACUAUCAUUUGGUUUACCGCUGUGGUCAACAAUCAGGAAUUAGUACAAGCUAAUCCGGUGAGCUGUAAGGUGGUCAUGUUUAUCCACCUGUAUAUUUUGGGCUGUAUGUAUUUCUGGAUGCUGUGUGAAGGAAUCUACCUACACACACUGAUCGUUGUGGCUGUGUUUGCUGAGAAGCAACAUCUCAUGUGGUAUUACCUGCUGGGCUGGGGCUUUCCUAUCAUCCCAGCAAUGAUACAUGCUAUAGCCAGAAGCUACUACUACAACGACAAUUGCUGGAUCAGUUCAAAUACAUCUCUGCUUUAUAUUAUCCAUGGGCCCAUUUGUGCUGCUUUACUGGUAAAUCUUUUUUUCCUCUUGAACAUUGUGCGAGUGUUAAUCACCAAGCUGAAGGUGACCCACCAAGCUGAGUCCAGCCUCUACAUGAAAGCAGUCAGAGCCACCCUGAUCCUGGUUCCCCUCCUGGGUAUUCAGUUUGUUUUGCUGCCCUAUAAACUCGAGGGCCACCUCUACUCUGAGAUCUACAUGUAUAUGAUGAACAUUCUAAUGCAUUAUCAGGGUCUCCUGGUGGCCACAAUCUUCUGUUUCUUCAACGGAGAGGUCCAGGGUGUUUUACGUCGUCACUGGAACCAGUACCGCAUCCAGUUUGGCAGCACUUUCACCAACACAGAAGCUCUGCGGUCAACAUCCUACAACACCUCCUCCAUGACGGAGGUGCACCGCUGCUACAGCAUAGACAGCCACAUGGACACACUGAACGGAAAAAGCUUUCACAACAUGGAUGCAACCAUCCUCAGAUAACAUUUACAUGUGAAAACAGCCACUCGACUUCAUGCCUCCUACUUAAUGGUUUCCUACUGGGAUCUAACUGUAUCUAAAAGUACUUUGGCACAAAGAGGUGUUUUAAAAACUGCUUGACGUCAAAAACAUUUUCUCCAUGAUUUGCUAAGAAGGACAAAGAAAAACGCGUAACCCAGAGGGAGGCUUGAAGCAACAUGACUAAUGAGCAGACGCUGAUGAAAGUACUAUCCGUUGGCCAUGUUUCAAAUCUUAAAAAGGACAACAUGUGGGAUUAGCAACGCGCAAGAGACUUUACAAGAGCUAUGAUCUGGAUUAUGUUCCCUCUGGCGCUCGACAGACGUGCUGUGAGAUUCAGGAGAAAGAAAAACUUUCUGGUUCCUAUACUGGGUGUGUUGAUUGUGAAACUCCAUCUGUUCUUUGUUGUGAAUCUACACUUGAUGUUUGAAAUGCAGUGAUUCUGUAACUGGGACUCAGAGUCAAGGUCAGAACGCAAUAUGGAGAAACAAUGGCAUUUUUAUUCAUCGAAUGUACUGCUUUAAAGUGGAUAUCUAGAAUAAUCUAUGUUAAUAUUGUGCAAAGUCUGUGUCUUACACUACAUGGCCAUAAUAUAAUUUAGGUCAUAGGUUUACAUACACCCAAGGGAUAUUUGCCAUGGCAGACUUAGGGCAGAUAUUCUUUUUUGUCAAUCAAGAAUUGGAAUAUAUAUAUACACACCGAUCAGCCAUAACAUUAAAACCACCUCCUUGUUUCUACACUUAC